CUACCUUUAUAAAAGAAACGAAAGUAGAAAGUGAUCACCAGUUCCUGCAUAUAAUUCGAUAUAAACCCGUCUUAAAGGGAUUAUUGGAUCCAGGAAAGUAGCUGUUAUAUUUUAGAAUGGCGACAUCCCUGUCACAAGAAGAUAUAAAUUUUCUACGAUUAGCUUGUUUGUUGAUAAGAGUUGCACCACGUGCUGUAAGACGAAGGUUUGACUUUGAAUUCCAUCCAGGACAGCUACCAAAAUUUCUGAGUAAAAAUCGACGUAAGCUAGAUGACCUUACACAUAAAAAAAGAGUCAUUACAUUGGCACAGUAUGAUCUAUUAUUUCCAAAAGACUCUUCGGAAGUAUCAUCGGACAUGUUUGACGUAUCAUUGAUGGCAUGUUUACUCAGAAACUUAACAGAUUUACAAAUUCAAGAUAGUCUUCCAUUCGAAACUAUACAAACUGUUGCUGCUGAUAUUUCCAGGAUUAAAUUUUACAGAAACUUCAUUGUUCAUUCUGAAAGCGGUAAAGUUAACGAAAACAAGUUUCCAGUAAUUUGGAAGUGUGUAGCUGAGGCAAUACUCAGGUUAGCACCAGACAUAAGGUCAGAGAUUGACACGUUGAUAGGUUCAUUACCUAAUGUCAUUGAUAUCAUAGAUUUUAUACGGCUUGAGAAACAGUUGGAAAAAACAAAUCAGCAUGUGGAUACAAUCAACAAGAAGUUGGAGACGUUAGAAAUAGAAAAAAAUAAUAUAACAGAUAUACAACAACGAACUUUUAAAGAAUGGAGAAAUACUGACAAAAAAUACAUUCCUACCUCAGCAACAACGUUUAUACUACAAUCAGUAAACCAAACGACGGGUGUUAUCAUUACUGGUUCUCCAGGCUGUGGGAAAUCUGUAGCUGCUCAUCACAUAGCAUUAGAAUUAGAAAAGAAAAAAUACGAAAUUAUUCCUUGUGAUGAUCCUACAGAAAUCUUUAAGCAUUUUACAAAAGAUAAAUUUCAAGUUUUUGUAAUUGAUGAUGUUUGUGGUAAAUUCGCUCUAAAUCAACAAAAAGCAGAAACAUGGGAGCAAAACGAUCGCAAUCUAAGUAUGCUAAUUAAUGCAUGUGAUCAGAGCGAUGAUGACGACAAUGAUAGCAAAUCAGUGCAUAAGUUUAUCAUAACGUGCAGAGAGAACAUAUAUGUUCACCAUGCUUUCCCAAAACUUACUUUUUUAUCACUUGUACAAUGCAGCUUUAAUACCAAAUAUAGAAUUACUCCAGAGGAAAUGAGGAAUAUUGCAUUGUCGUAUGUACCUGAGAACACAGUGAACGACAUAGAAAAUAUUUGUCUGUACGAUUUUUUCCCUCUUUUAUGUUCUCUGUACUGUACAAACCUUAAUCAAGAUCAUAGAUUCUUUACCCAUCCUGUUGAAAUAAUUGGAAAUGAAAUCAUAAAAAUGAAAAAACGAUCUACAUCAUCUUUUCUCUGUAUUUCUCUUCUUGUUCUUAGAAAUAAUAAAUUUUGUAUAGACGAAUUAAGAUCCGAGGAUGUGCAACAGCUAGUUAAUGCUAUAUGCUGGGAAUGUAAAAUAGAACCUGUAUCCAUUGUAACGAUAUUUAACAGUUUUGAGUGUCUUAAAGGUGUCUAUAUUACAGAAUCAGAUGACUUCUACACAGCAAUCCACGACAAAAUGUUUGACAUAAUAUCAGCAGCUAUUGCACCAUUUAUAAUAAAAUGUUUAAUAGACCACGUUGAUAUUGCAUUCCUGGCAAACCGUGCGUACAUUUCAUCAUUUACUCAAAAUAGUGUUACUUUUGUUAUUCAAAUACCACAAGAGUUCGAAAGCCAAUUUCUUCAACGACAAAUAAAAGAUGCAAUGAAGGGCAAAUACUGGGAAGUAUUUGGAAGCAUUCAAACAGAAAAUGAGGCAUAUAGAAAACUACUUCUAUCGUUUCUGAAAGAACACGACACAUGUCAGCAAAUUUCGUUUGAUUUCGAUGAAGAUGGGAAUACGCCUUUGUAUGUAUCAUCUCAUUUGGGAUACAUUGAUUUUGUAGAACAUUUUGUAGUAAAUUAUCCGUAUCACAUAGAGGUUAAAGACAAUAAGGGAAGGUCUCCCUUUUAUGUCGCAUGUGAAAAGGGUCAAAUUGCAGUCGUUAAAUAUUUAAUGAAAUAUAAUGAGAACAUUGAUACAAAAAAUAUGGAUAACACAACAGCAUUAUCGGCAACCUGCCUUAAUGGUCACACUGAGGUUGCUCAACUGUUAUUAGACAACAAAGCAGAUAUCAACAGUAGAGAUACUUAUGGACAAACUGCUUUACAUUCAGCCUGCCAAAAUGGACACACAGAAACUGUGAAAAUAUUGAUGGAAUUUGGGAUGAAUGCCAAUCAGAAAAAUAAAAAUGGUAGAACACCACUGUAUCUUGCCUGUGGACAAGGUCGUCAUGAUACAGUGAAAUACUUACUUGAUUUAAAUGGUCAAGCAUUAAUUAGUCGUGUAGAUACAACAAUAAAAACCGAAAAAGGAUCGUCACCUUUACAUAGAGCAUGUUUCAAAGGACAUUUAGAGGUAGUAAAGUUAUUGAUUGACGUUGGUAUGAAUCUUAAUGACACAACAAAUGCAGGUUCUACACCACUUUAUCAGGCUUGUCUGAAAGGUCAUUAUGAAACAGUGAAAUUUUUACUUGAUUUAAACGGCCAAGUAUUAAAUAGUCGUGUCGAUACUACCAUUAAACAGAAAGAUGGAUUGUCAAUUUUACAUAUAGCAUGUUUCAAAGGACAUUUAGAGGUAGUAAAGUUAUUGAUUGACGUUGGUAUGAAUCUUAAUGACACAACAAAUGCAGGAUAUACACCACUAUACAUGGCUUGUCCGAAUGGUCAUUAUGAAACAGUGAAAUACUUACUUGAUUUAAACGGCCAAACAUUAAAUAGUCGUGUUGAUACUACCAUUAAAGAGAAAGAUGGAUGGUCAGUUUUACAUAUAGCAUGUUUCAAAGGACAUUUAGAGGUAGUAAAGUUAUUGAUUGACGUUGGUAUGAAUCUUAAUGAUACAACAAAAAUGAAUUCUACACCACUACACAUGGCUUGUCAGAAUGGUCAUUAUGAAACAGUGAAAUACUUACUUGAUUUAAAAAACGGCAAAACAUUAAAUAGUCGUGUCGAUACUACCAUUAAAGAGACAGAUGGAUGGUCAGCUUUACAUAUAGCAUGUUUCAAUGGACAUUUAGAGGUAGUAAAGUUAUUGAUUGACGUUGGUAUGAAUCUUAAUGAUACAACAACAAUCAAUUUUACACCACUAUACAUGGCUUGUCAGAAUGGUCAUUAUGAAACAGUGAAAUACUUACUUGAUUUAAACGACAAAACAUUAAAUAGUCGUGUUGAUACUACCAUUAAACAGAAAGAUGGAUGGUCAGUUUUACAUAUAGCAUGUUUCGAAGGACAUUUAGAGGUAGUAAAGUUAUUGAUUGACGUUGGUAUGGAUCUUAAUGAUACGACAACAAUCAAUUUUACACCACUAUACAUGGCUUGUCAGAAUGGUCAUUAUGAAACAGUGAAAUACUUACUUGAUUUAAACGACAAAACAAUAAAUAGUCGUGUUGAUACUACCAUUAAAGAGAAAGAUGGAUUGUCAGUUUUACAUAUAGCAUGUUUCGAAGGACAUUUAGAGGUAGUAAAGUUAUUGAUUGACGUUGGUAUGAAUCUUAAUGAUACAACAACAAUCAAUUUUACACCACUAUACAUGGCUUGUCAGAAUGGUCAUUAUGAAACAGUGAAAUACUUACUUGAUUUAAACGACAAAACACUAAAUAGUCGUGUUGAUACUACCAUUAAACAGAAAGAUGGAUGGUCAGUUUUACAUAUAGCAUGUUUCCAAGGACAUUUAGAGGUAGUAAAGUUAUUGAUUGACGUUGGUAUGAAUCUUAAUGAUACAACAACAAUCAAUUCUACACCACUACUCGAGGCUUGUCAGAAUGGUCAUUAUGAAACAGUGAAAUACUUACUUGAUUUAAACGACAAAACACUAAAUAGUCGUGUUGAUACUACCAUUAAACAGAAAGAUGGAUGGUCAGUUUUACAUAUAGCAUGCUUCAAAGGACAGUUAGAGGUAGUGAAGUUAUUAGUCGAUGUGGGUAUGAAUCUUAAUGACACAACAAAUGCAGGAUAUACACCACUUUAUCAGGCUUGUCGGAAAGGUCGAUUUGACAUAGUGAAAUACUUAAUACUUGAUUUAAACGGCAAAACAUUAAAAAGUCGUGUUGAUACUACAAUUAAAAACAAAGAUGGAUGGUCAGCUUUACAUAUAGCAUGCUUCAAAGGACAGUUAGAGGUAGUGAAGUUAUUAGUCGAUGUGGGUAUGAAUCUUAAUGACACAACAAAUGCAGGAUAUACACCACUUUAUCAGGCUUGUCGGAAAGGUCGAUUUGACAUAGUGAAAUACUUAAUACUUGAUUUAAACGGCAAAACAUUAAACAGUCGGGUAGAUACUCUCAUAAAAGAUACUAAUGGAUGGUCAGCUUUACAUACAGCUUGUUUCAAUGGACAUGCAGGAAUACUUAAGUUAUUGAUUGGUGUCGGUAUGGAUAUAAAUGAAAGAGACCAUUCGGGAAAAACAGCUGUUCACUUAGCUAGUAUAAAUGAGCAUGGUGAUAUUGUGAAAAUAUUAAAGGAUAACAGAACUUAAAACAUAUGAUAGCGACAAACGAACAUCACUUAUGAUUGCUAAAGACAAUGGUUGUCUGAUAUUGUGAAACUUUUAAUAGAAUAGUUUGAACAAUAUAAAGAAGAACUCAAUAAGAAGUGCAUAAACAUUGUAAUUACCCAUUCACUAAUAUUAUUAGUUUCAUAGUGUGUUAGUAACCUAAUAUGACAUAUACAGUGUCAGUAAAUUCCAUAUAAGGUUGAGAACGAAGCUCGAACCCCAUAUGCAAUUUACUUACUCUGUUUAUAUUAUAUUAGGUCACUAGCACACUAUGUAACAAAUUUAUCUUACCGAAUAUCUUUAUUUGUUGAAUUUAUACUAAAGUUGUCUUAUUUGCUAUCAUACACAUAUUUCUGUAUUAAAGUAUUCAAGUGUUAAAUUUUAAAACCCUUCUUUAAUUGGUCUGCACUAAACAACUAAUGUAAACGAUACAUAUUUAUUAUCAACAACCUUGACAUCAACAAUAUUAAACUGAACUUUAAUAGAUUUGAAUAAUCAAACAGUGCUGAAGACGUAAAUCCACAACUAACCGUCUAUUGAAAUAAGCCCCGCCUCCCUACUAACCUAACAUUGAAUAUACACGGUCUCCACGAGGUCGCUUUUAACCAAUCAUAUUCCUAGAAAUGUUUAGGAGGUAAGAUAAACAGGAAUAUCAAGUUAUUGGGAUUUAGUUAUGCAUUUUAAGUUCGACUUUAACAUUUUAAACAAUCAAGAUUGCUUCAAAAUUUCAAUAUACAAAAGCUGGUUUUAAUUAAUGUAGAUAGACGCAAAUAUUUGACCUGUUGUACAAGUGAAGAAAAGGCAGUGUAA